CCGAACUUUUAUUUUUGGAAGCUCGUCUCAUCACUUUUUCACAUCUUCUGUGUAAUUUUCUUUCCUUUGCACAAGCUAGAUCAAGACUAACUGGGACCGACCAUGAGCACCUCGGAUGCGCAAGCGAGAGCGUUGGCAAUUCUGCCCAAGACGACGGGAUGCAUCUCCAUUAUCGGUAGCUCAAUCAUUGCGUUUUCAGUUUUGAGGGACAAACAAAAGCUAUCUAAGAGCUACCAUAGGCUACUACUAGGCAUGUCCCUGGUAGAUGUUCUGGUCUCCUUCUGGGAAGCACUGUCCACGUGGCCGAUGCCCACCGAUAGCGAAGCCAUGUUUGCAAGUGGCAACUUUUCUACCUGCGUCAUGCAAGGAUUCUUCAUUCAGUUCUAUGUUGUUUCGUCCUUCUAUUCUGUAAGCUUGGCUAUCUACUACACCGUUGUGCUGCGAUACAACUGGAGCGAGGACCAGGUCAAGAAGCUGGAACCAUAUCUGCACUCGAUUCCGCUUCUGUGGGGAUUUGCCACUGGCAUCAUUGGCAUUUCUUUGAAGCUUUACAAUCCUGCCGGCUUAUGGUGUUGGAUAUCCCCUUUCCCAGGUGGAUGUUCCGGGGAUGAAUGCAUUCGAGGGAUCAAUGGCAAUACCUACAGGUGGGCAUUCUUCUACGGUCCUCUAUGGGCCAACAUUGCCUUUGUCACCAUUGCCAUGGCUCUGGUAUGGGUCAAUGUCCGAAAGGGAGCCUCGCCCACGAACAACUCUGACAGUGCUUCGAUGAAUGGAUCGAGGCAUAGUACAACCAAGCAGCAAAAGACUCAGCUACUCAAGAAUGAUACCGGGGCUUUAGAGAGGGACCAAUUGGCCAAGAAAAUCAAACGAGACGUGGCAUUUCAGGGGUUCCUCUACAGCGGAUCUUUCUACGUUACAUGGAUUUGGUUGACUGCUGUGCGGUUCCUACAGCUUAUUGGAGAGCCGGUUCCCUAUCAGCUUCUCGCUGCUGCCGCCUUUUUUGCACCGCUUCAAGGGUUCUUCAACGCAUUGAUCUAUCUGUCACCCAAGUUCAUGGCGGUAAAGAAAGCAAACCCUGAUGCUGGCUUGUUACGAUGGAUUCGAGACGCCAUAUAGCUCUACUAGUAGACGUACAUCAUGAACUACAUUCAUGCACAAGAACUUCCUAAUGAACUAUAAAGGUUCUAUACGAACGUGCUU